GCCCAGGAAGAAUGUAGACGUUAGAAGUCGUAACGGCUACAAUUUAAUUUAAAACUUAAAUUUUUUUUUUGUUUUUUAUUUCAACAAUAUUUCUCUGUUUCUUUCCAUUCUCAGAACUCUUCUUCCUUUCCUCCAUCUCUAGCUUUUUUUUCUCACAUAAUCAUCACCUCAAAGUCAGCUUCUCUCUCUUCAACUCAGAUUCCAAUAAAGACUCUAAAAUUUUAAUCUUGAAGAUUUUUUGCUGGGUUUUCAUUCAAUGGCGCCUACAAUUUCGGCUAAGUCAAAUCAAACGACUCAUACACCUUCAUCAAAAUCAAAUCAAACCCAGUUCACUCAUUCAAAGACACCCCAAUCCAAACACCGCCUUAAUUUCAACGCAGCAAAACCUUCACCAAAUCCAAACAUCACAGCCAAAGAAACCCCACCAGCAGAGCAUCCAGUGGAAGUGAUCGGCCGAAUACGCGAUUAUCCUGAACGCAAGGACAAACCCGUAUCCGCAUUGCAGAUCAAUCCGGACCGUCAAUCUCUCCGGGUUCGUACAGAAAUUGGGUACCGUGAUUUUAGCCUCGAUGGAAUUUCGAUGUCAGAAGAGGAAGAUCUUGAUGGGUUUUACAAGAAAUUUGUGGAGUCGAGGAUUAAUGGUGUGAAAUUGGGGGCUAAAUGUACUGUGAUGAUGUAUGGGCCAACUGGGUCAGGCAAGAGUCACACCAUGUUUGGGUGUGCAAAGCAGCAGGGGAUCGUGUAUAGAUCUCUGAAAGAUAUAUUGGGUGAAGGGGAUGAAGAAAAUGUUGGAGUUGGGACAUUUGUUCAAGUUACUGUCUUGGAGAUAUACAAUGAAGAGAUAUAUGAUCUGUUAUCAACUAAUAAUGGUGGAGGACUAAGUAUUGGGUGGUCUAAGGGCAGUGCUUCCAAGGUAAGACUGGAAGUGAUGGGAAAGAAGGCAAAGAAUGCAACUUUUAUCUCUGGAACUGAAGCUGCAAAGAUAUCAAAAGAGAUCCAAAAAGUAGAGAAGCGAAGGAUUGUUAAAAGCACACUCUGCAACGAGCAAAGCUCUCGAAGCCACUGCAUGAUAAUUCUUGACGUCCCGACAGUAGGAGGUCGGCUUAUGCUUGUUGACAUGGCCGGUUCUGAAAAUAUUGAGCAAGCUGGUCAAACUGGUUUGGAAGCAAAAAUGCAGACAGCAAAGAUCAACCAAGGAAAUAUAGCACUGAAGAGGGUGGUUGAGUCCAUUGCAAAUGGUGACUCUCAUGUGCCAUUCAGAGACAGCAAGUUAACCAUGCUUUUGCAGGAUUCAUUUGAGGAUGACAAGUCAAAAUUUUUGAUGAUAUUGUGCGCUAGCCCAGACCCCAAAGAGAUGCACAAGACAAUCUCUACUUUGGAAUAUGGUGCAAAAGCGAAAUGCAUUGUUCGUGGUCCUCAUACACCACUCAAGGACAAGUAUGGCACUGAAGAUUCCUCAUCAGCAGUUAUUUUAGGAUCAAGGAUUGCAGCUAUGGACCAAUUCAUUUUCAAGCUACAAAUGGAAAACAAGAAGAGAGAGAAAGAGCGUAAUGAAGCCCACAAAGAACUUACGAAGAAAGAAGAAGAAAUUUCUGCUCUAAGGGCUAAACUUGCAUUAGUGGAAGGGAAGGGAAUGGAGACCAGUGAAGAGGAGAUUAACUUGAAGGUGAAUGAGCGAACGCAGAUGCUGAAAUGUGAAUUAGAGAAGAAAAUACAAGAAUGUGAGAAAAUGGCAAAUGAAUUUGUUGAAUUUGAGAGGAGGAAGAUGGAAGAAAAGAUAUUGCAACAACAACAGGAAGUUGAAAUGCUGAGGCGUCGUUUGGAGGAAAUUGAGUUAGAGCUACGCCUUACAAGAGAAAGAAAUGGUGAAGAUAAUGGGCCUAGCUUGUUUGAAGGAAGUAGCUUUGUGAAUAAGCUGUUGGAGGUUUAUGCUGAUGAGGAUCCGGGGAUGGAGAAAUCAAUGGAUUUAUCCAAAUCGAUGGAUUUGGAUAUGGGUAAACAAGAGCCUUUUGUCCGCGAUGUCAAAUAUUUAGAUGACAGAGAUCAUAAGAUAGGCAACAAUUGUAACUUAGCCCUUUGGGACUGUACAAAUGGAAAUAGGGUGAACGAUGAAGAUUGUGAUGCCUUUGCCCAAACAUUUACGAACAAACUAUCUUUGAGCACUGUAUUUGAGGAAGGAGAAGAAGAAGCAGAGGAAGAUAAAGAGAAAUCAAGUGAUGCAGAAGUGCAGAAAGAGGUAAUAGAGGAGAAGACAGUUUAUUCUAACAGGAAUGUUAAUGGCUCUAGUCCAACGCUCAAUUUCAAUUCAAGGUCUUUUACAUCAUCUCCUCAAAAUCAUGUGCCAACACCAGAAAAUUCUAAGGAUGCAGCGUCUUCUAGGCGAGUAAGAAUCCAAAAUAUAUUCACACUUUGUGGGAACUAUAGAGAACUUUCUCAGCAGCACAAUAGAACUCCAUUUCCUGCUAAAAAGAGGUUUGACAGUUUUGAUUCUCACUCAUCUCCAGUGAGGGCAAUUGGAGAGGACUCCGUUGUCAAGAACUUGGCAAAUUUGUUGGUAUCAGACAAGGCUGAAAACAAGCAGAAACUGACAGAUCCACGGAUGAACAAAAUCCAGGACUCUGAGAUAGCAGCGCAUUUGAAGGAGAACUACAAUCCGUUUGAAGAAAGCAAUGGUGGUGAUACGGUGGAGGUGUAUGUGAAAUGGGAGGUGUCAAAGGAGAAUCCUGGGAAGUUUAUCACCACUGUAAAGGUUGUGAAGGAUGCAACCCUUGCUGAUCUGCGGAAGCUGAUAGAAAUCCACCUUGGUGCAGAAAAUCAAGCAUUCACUUUUCUUGUGCUUGGGGACCCAACUGGAGCUCCAGUCCCUAGAGAGAAGGAAGCCACAGUACCCACAACCAAACUGCCAAUUUGCAACCAGUUAGGCCGCCUUGCUUGCUUGCGUCCAGUGAAAGGAGGGAUCCAAGGUCCAAAUCAUAAUCUCCCAUUGAGUCCACUGAAAAACAUACUUAAUGUCACAGCGGCAAGGUGAUGCUGCUUUCAUGGGCGAAGCAAUGUUUUAUUUUAUUUUUUCGAAUUGUGUACUACUAUUCUAUGUUUAUCAAAUUUUUAUAUCAAUUUUUGUUUAGAAUGUAUAAUUAUUAAUUAUUGAAUAUGAAUAUAAAUAUGAACAUGAAUA